AUGCCUCCCAAGUCUGCUGUCGCUUCCAAGGCUCCCGCCUCGCAGGCCUCCAAGGCUCCCGCCGCCGCUUCCAAGGCACCUGCUAAGGCCGCCAAGACCUCGUCCACGGCUAAGGAGGGUGGUAAGAAGCGCACAAAGAAGCGUGUCGAGUCGUACUCUUCGUACAUCUACCGCGUUCUCAAGCAGGUCCACCCCGACACUGGUAUCUCCAACAAGGCCAUGGCCAUCCUCAACUCGUUCGUCGCGGACAUCUUUGAGCGCAUCGCCACCGAGGCCUCAAAGCUUGCGUCUUACAACCACCGCAGCACCAUCUCCUCUCGCGAGAUCCAGACUGCCGUUCGUCUCAUCCUGCCCGGAGAGCUGUCAAAGCACGCCAUUUCUGAGGGUACGAAGGCUGUUACCAAGUUCCAGUCGUCCAAGUAG